AGCUGUCGCUGUGCUAUUUCUGAGUAGCUCUCUGUCCGUUUCCUUCGCUCUUGUGCGCAGUUUCCCAGUCUUCUGACAUUUAUAUAACUUAGCUAAUCAUGGGCUUAAUCACUGGACUCUUUACAUUCUUUUAUCACCUGCCACAAAUUUAUAUGUGGCUCCUGCGCCCAUACUAUACAUUAUCAUUUCUUCUAUCGAUCGCGUUCCUUGUUGUUCGGAAAUGCCCAGGUUUGUGUGAACACCUACCCUCGCAAAGGGAAGACGGCAACUCGUGCGACUUUGAUUGGAGGGAAGUGGAGAUCCUCAUGUUUCUCAGCGCUAUUGUCAUGAUGAAGAACCGCAGAGCAGUAACUCUGGAACAGCAUAUGGGAAACAUUUUCCUCUUCAGCAAGGUGGCUAAUGUGGUGCUGUUCUUCAGAGUGGACUUGAGACUCGGCCUCCUCUACCUUACACUGUGUGUUGUGUUCCUGAUAACAUGUAAGCCUCCUAUGUACAUGGGCCCAGAGUACAUUAAAUACUUCAAUGACAAAACCAUAGAGGAGGAACUGGAGAGGGACAGUCGAGUAACAUGGCUUGUUGAGUUCUAUGCCAACUGGUCUCCAGAGUGUCAAUGUUUUGCAUCCGUUUUUGCUGAACUUUCAAUGAAGUAUAACUGCUGUGGACUCAAAUUUGGAAAAAUAGAUAUUGGACAGUAUACAGCUGUUGCAGAGAGGUAUAAGGUUAGCGCAUCCCCUCUCUCCAAGCAACUGCCCUCUCUGUUGCUCCUGCAAGGUGGGCGAGAGCUGGUACGCCGCCCUCAAGUGGACAAAAAGGGAAGGGCAGUGAGUUGGGCCUUCAUGGAGGAAAACAUCAUUCGUGAGUUCAACCUGAAUGAAAUAUUUGAGAAAUGUAAAAAGCUCAGUAAGGGGCGUAAUGAGAAGAUAGAGGAGCUGGGGUCCCUCCCACAGGAGCACCCUAAUGGAAAACAACCAAUCAGCCCACUGCAGCAGGAAGCAGAGAGCAAGAAGGACAAAUAAAUGGAGAGAACUCCCUGUAGUGUUGAUUGUUUGAAGACUAAAUACUGUUUAUGUUUUAAAGUCUGGUGUGCCUUAAGAGGCCUACUUAUCUUGAUGUCUGUUGAAAGUAAAUAUUCUUUGUUGUACUUUAACACAUGAAUGUAGGCUCCACAGCGUUGCAACUCCAAAAUCAGCAAUAAAAGAAGCAUAAGGAGAAAAUUAGUAGUACAAAUAGAAUAAGGAGAACACUCAGUAUGAUUUCAGUGUUGCAGUAUUAUUUAUUGUUCUGUUGGAAAUGUGUCAGCUCACAUGACCCAGUUUCACCAGAAUUAAAAGAAUACAGAAGGGUAGAAAAUCUCCACCCACAGAACUCAAUACAUCCAUCUCUCCUCUCCUUCCUGUCAUUCCAUCUUGUGUUCUGUUAACAGGCAUGCAGGUAGAACUCUUCAGAACCCAAAAUACAGUUAAAAAGGCUUCAUAAGGCCAUGUUGGAAAUGACAAAAGAUCAUUAAUAAAAAUACUUUCGUAUGA